AUGAUUGAAGAUUCUCAAUACUUCCUCGUUUGCGCAAAUUUCAUUCGUCUUCGCAUUACCGAUGUUGUAGUCAUUAAAAAGAAGUUCGCUUUGCUCCAAGAAAACACGACAUUACAACCCCCAAACAGACGAAUAUGUUGCUGGUCGUAUAUUCCGAAGUUCCUUUGGAGAGUCAAUUUAAAUUCGAGUGAGUUUGUGUCAUUUUCAAGCAAUUGCACGUCGCUUUGGGGUGACACGCAAACAAUAAAAGAAAUAAACACACAACAACAAAGGCUUCGAAACGUGCGAGAGAAUGUUUAUGACACCUCAGUUCUUUUCUGUGAAGCGUUUUCAUUGUGCGUUUAA